CACCGUAUUUUUGCACCUUGGUUUUUCGAAUAGUCGUUCUGUCCGUCUCACGCUGUUUAGGAGAACCAACCGAGAUGGCAUCGGUAGCCGAGAAUCCCCCGCCGGCAGCGAAAAGCCCCGCAACGGUGGAGGAUAAGCCCGCCGGAGAGGGCUCUGCGGAGUCUUCGGAAUCUAAGGGCGCGAGCAAGAAGCAGGCCAAGAAGGAGGCUAUGAAGGCGGAGAAGCUCCGUCGGAAGCAAGAGGAAGCCUCGGCGGCGGCGGCUGCCGCUGCUUCCAAGGAGACGGAGGCCGAUCCUCUGGCUGGAAACUAUGGCGACGUGCCGAUGGAGGAGCUGCAGUCGAAGGCCAUUAGCGGUCGGAUUUGGACUGAAGUCGGUUUGUUGGAUUCGAAGCUUGCCAAUGGGACGGUCCUGAUUCGUGGAGUUGCCCAGACGAUUCGUGGCGUGGGGAAGAAGAUGGCUUUCUUGGUGGUGAGGCAGUUCACUGCUACGGUCCAGUGCGUGCUGACGACCGAUGAGUUGGUGAGCACGCAGAUGGUGAAGUACGCUACUUCCCUAAGUAGGGAGUCGAUCAUGGAUGUCGAGGGUGUGGUUACAAUUCCUACGGAGCCUAUCAAGGGCACGACUCAGCAGGUGGAGAUUCAAGUCAGAAAGCUGUACUGUAUUAACAGAGCUGUUCCGAACCUUCCUAUAAAUAUUGAGGAUGCAGCUCGAAGUGAGGAAGAAAUCAAAGAGGCUGAAAAGACUGGGGAAAAACUUGUUCGUGUUAACCAAGAUACACGAUUGAAUAAUAGAGUUCUUGAUUUACGUACUCCUGCAAACCAAGCAAUUUUUCGUCUUCAAUGUUCCGUGGAAGAUAUUUUCCGAGAUUUUUUGCGAUCUGAGGAUUUUGUUGGAAUUCACACACCUAAGUUAAUAGCUGGUGCAAGUGAAGGAGGUGCAUCUGUUUUCAAGCUAGACUAUAAAGGUCAACCUGCUUGCUUGGCUCAAUCACCACAGCUUUACAAGCAAAUGGUUAUUUGUGCUGGUUUUGGGCGUGUAUUUGAAGUCGGUCCAGUUUUUAGGGCAGAAGAUUCAUAUACUCAUAGGCAUUUGUGCGAAUUUGUUGGUCUUGAUGUUGAAAUGGAGAUUAAAGAGCAUUAUUUUGAGGUUUUAGAUAUUGUGGACAGAUUGUUUGUAACAAUGUUUGAUUACUUGAAUGAUAAAUGCAAGAAGCUACUUGAUGCAAUUAACAGACAAUUUCCCUUUAAGCCAUUGAAGUAUUUGCGGAAGACCUUACGACUUACAUUUGAGGAGGGUGUCAAAAUGCUAAAGGAGGCUGGUGUAGAAGUUGACCCAUUUGGGGACCUUAAUACCGAGGCAGAAAGGACAUUGGGUCGACUAGUUCUUGAGAAGUAUGAGACUGAGUUUUAUGUACUUCAUCGAUAUCCUUUGGCAGUACGGCCAUUCUAUACCAUGCCAUGUCCUGACAACCCAUUAUAUAGUAACUCUUUUGAUGUCUUCAUCCGAGGUGAGAAGACUUUUCUUUUUAUGUGCAUUGUUUUGAUGUAGUUUUCUUUUAUUAUA